GUCUCCUCGCGUACCACCCCUCUGCUAUCCGUUCCGUCUGGACAAUCGGCCUAUGCUGAUCCGAAGAUUGCUACCGAAACAAUCACCAAGCUAGGCAAGCUUGACGCGAGCCCGGAUAUCCUGGUUCUGAUUGCACAUGACUGUACCGUUCCCAAUGUGAUUGACGAGUUCCCUGAGAGCGUGAACGAUUGGAAGGCCAAGGGGUGGAAGGAAAAAUUGACAUGGGCGUUUUUGGAGAAGGACAGUCUGGCGUUUAGAUUUGGAAAGGCUUGA